AUGACAUCACUUCUCCAGAUGAGAGUAAUGAGUAGGCAUGUAAGCUCUGGUCUUGAGAUGAUGAAAACGGCAGCACAGGCUGAUAGCCGCCAUAUGCGAAUGUUCUUCAUACUCGUAUGUAUUCUACUGAUAGUUUUGACGCUCUCAUUCCUAAACUAUGAGAAGCAAAUAGAAAUAGAGCAAAGGCGUCAAAACUUGGAAAGCACUAUAAGCAAUUUUGCACAGAGGGUUGUUGCAGCAGCAAAUGAUCCUGAUGCACAAGUUAGUGUGGAUGUGAUGAAAAAUUACGUAGAGGUAAGUGUUUUUGGAAAGGUGAAAGUAACCUCCGUAUCUAACACUCUAUCAGUCGCCUUUUUCAACCAUCGGACAGAUAAUGUUGGAGAAAGGGAUUAUUUUGAUAGCCAUACAUUAACAAACUCCUUAAAACCCUUGAUUGUCAAAAAUCUCAAUUCUAAAGAGUUUCGAUAAAC